AUGGAAUCAGUACUGAGCUCCCGACCGCUCGCACCACUAAGCAACAACCCCAACGACGGCGAGGCGCUAACGCCGGCACUUCUACUAAUCGGUUGCCCCUUGCGAGCUUUGCCAUCGGAGAAGCUAUGCAGACGGAGGUGGUUAGCUCUUCGCGAUCGGUAUGGCAGAGAAGCCUGGAAAUCAGAAGCACCAUCAGGCAGCGGAGCAGAAUACCAGAGGCCGCAUGUUAUUCCUCGACCAAUUAGGUGCUCACAAAAUGUGUGCCCAGAAGUAGCUUCGCUUACGCCUUCAACUGCUUCUUCUAUGCCCUCACUGUUGCCACCAAUAGUGCCACCAGAAGAGUUUUUUGAUGAUGUAGAUUCACCAUUGCCAUCAACAUCAGCGUCACAGUCACAGCGACCUAGUGGAAAAAAACGCGACAGAAGUACUGAGGUUGAGAAUGACAUCUUGGAAGCAAUCGAUCUCUUGAAAAAGAGAUGCAUAGAAAAAGAAAACUAA